AUGAUUCAGUCAACAAAUAAUCCACUAAUAUCCACUCAACGGAUAGAAAUUAACGAUGAAUACGAACCAGAAAAUAAUCUGGAAUGCAGUCAUAAACCCACUGACUCAAAUAUUUUUCGACUAUUUUAUAAUAUCUUGAAAUACUUGAAGGUCUACAUUUUAUCGACUUUAUUUAGAAGAAUUGAACCAUCCAAUAGACAUCUUCAACUGGAGGAAAACAAAGAAGAAGAUGAUGAAUAUAUCAAUUUAUCUUCAGAAGCAAGUUCAGAUAUAGAGAUAAUUGCUGUUAAUUAUAAACCAACAAAUGAUUUCCAUUUAAUUAACAAAACUACUCGAAUUCAAGAUAAUAGUAUAUUAAUAGAUGACACAGAAGAAACUCCAUUUAAUAUUGCCAAUAACGAUUCAACAACUGACUUAUUAAGACAAUUAGCAAAAGAUAGACUUAAAAACAGGAAAACUGUAACAACUCAAUAUGGCACGGAUUUGACAAUUUCAAAACCUAUCAAAUACUCAUCACUGCGAUAUCAGCAAUGGCCAGUAACACAAGCGGAAACAACAACAUCAACACCAGAAGAAAAUUUUGAUCAUCAACCAACAUUAUUGGAUAUUGAACCUAUUACAAAUAAAUAUCAAGAAUCAAUAUUAAAUUAUUAUGUGCCGACAAAACCAUUAUCAAUAAAUUCAUAUUCCGUUAUCGACAAUGUAAUAUCGAAUUUUUAUAUUGAUAAAAUUUCAUCAAUUUAUCAUAAAAGUCAUGAAACAUUACAACAAUUAAUCACUAAAGAAAGAAUUGAUUCUCAAAGUAAAAUUAAAACAUUACCUUCAGAACAAUUAAAUCAAGUUUUAAAAAUUUGGUCAACCAAUUCUCGUCAAUUAAUCAUUGAAAAUUAUCUGAUUGAAAUAUAUACUCAUGAUUUACAUACUUUAAAAGAUUCCAAUUGGUUAAAUGAUAAUAUCAUUGAUUAUUAUUUCAAUUUAAUCAUGAAAGCGAAUCCUAAUGUAUUUGGUUGGACUACUCAUUUUUAUACUACGUUAGUCCAACGAGGAUAUCAAGGAGUUGCAAGAUGGGCUAAACGGAAAAAAAUCAAUGUUUUCACCAUGGAAAAAAUUUUAACCCCAAUAAAUAUAGGGAAUAUGCAUUGGGCAUUAGCUGUUAUCGACAAUAUAAAGAAAACUAUCACUUAUUACGAUUCUUUGGGUGGGACACAUAAUUCAGGAAAUCCACAAGCUGUACAAACUUUGGCACAUUAUAUGACAGAAGAAGCUAAAAGAUUGGGUGUGAUGGGAAAUGAAUAUAAAUUGAUUCCUCAUAUGGAAGCUCCACAACAGAAAAAUGGCUCAGAUUGUGGUGUUUUCACUUGUACUGCUGCUAGAUACAUUUCUGCCAAUAAACCUUUAUCGUAUAGUCAAAAUGAUAUGAAAAUAAUUCGUAGAAGAAUGGUCUAUGAAAUUUUAGAUAAUCGUUUACUAGAUUAA